UCGUCUACACAUCGUUCAUUAUCACUCCCGAACCCGACAUGUAAAGAGAGACAGAAAAUAUGACUUAUACAUGAUCCUUAAUUAUUACACAGGGACAUGUGUUUAUAAAUAAUUAGAACUUCCAACAGCAAUAACGUAGCUGACGUCACUGGUCACGUGUUCAUGACAAACCGAGUCGAGUCAAACUUGAUCCCAAUCUGCAACAAACCAGAUGUUGUUUAAUUAAAGUAGAUGAAGAAGAAGAAAACCAAACAAUAAUAUACGAUUUUAUCAAGGUCUGCUGAGCGAUCGAGAACUUCUUCAGGAUGAGCCGCUCCAUCAAUCUCCUGCAGCAGAUGACCAUCUUCGUCACCGUGGUUACCGGUGGAGGCUGUGGGAUGAUGUACUACCUCAUACAGAAAAACUUUGCCAAAUCGGAGUAUUACAGAUCAGCAGUUCAGCAGCUAAACGAUCACUCCACGGCGAUGGCCAAUCUGGGAGCUCCUCCCUUAAAGAUCCACAACAUCCAUCUCACCGAUCGGCAUAACCGCGUCAAUCACACCAUUGCCCAGCUAAAAAUCCCUGUGACCGGAACAAAAACGGGAGGCUACCUGUACACAACGUCCAACAGAGACACUAUGAUGAACAGGUGGCAGCUCCAGCGAGUGGCUUUACAGCUGAAGACUGGCGAGACCAUCGAGAUAUAUCCCAGACCAGAAUUCGAGUAGCUUUACACGUAGCUCGGUAUGAACUGCGCAUACUCAAGACCGUGACGAGUGAAUAUAGGGUUAAUCUCAAUAAAGAACCAUUUUAUCGUUUGUUUUUUAGAUAAUAAAGAUAGAUGUGCUGUGAUGGAGAAAUGAUUAAAAAAAGUCAAAGUAA